UAUAAAUAUCACCAAACCGGACCAAAUCCCUCUCUCGCUCCUUCGGUUCUCCCGCAGCCAGGAGUGCAACGCGACGCGAAAAGCCUAGUGAAGGUGGGAAGUUAAUUCCGUUGCCUGCGGCCGGCGGAAUGGCCUCGACCUCCGAGAUCAUCCUGCCCAUCGGCACGCAAAAGCACGACCCGGCUUGGAAGCACUGCCUGAUGGUGCGGUCGGCCGGCCGGACGAAGCUCAGGUGCGUGUACUGCAUGAAGCAGUUCCUCGGCGGCGGCAUCCACCGCAUCAAGGAGCACCUCGCCCGGCACAAGGGCAACGCAUCGUGCUGCCCCAAGGUGCCGCUGGAGGUGCAGGUCGCGAUGCAGCAGAGCCUGGACGGCUCCGCCGCGAGGAGGAAGAAGAAGCUGAAGCCUGCGGAGGAGGUGAGCAGGGCCGACCCUAUUCAGGCAGACGGUGGCGAUGUGGACGCCGGUUUGCAUUUAAUCCAGCUCCCGGAGAUGGUCGACACGGGUGCGGUCCAGGUGGAAGUAAAAGAGGAGGACGUUGUGACUAAACUUCCGGAGAGGGGGCGGAAGAAGAGAGCAAGAUAUACUUCUCCUCCCCUUCUUCCUCCUCCUCUUUCCCUACAAACUGCUGCUCCGGUGUCGGAUGUUGGCAAGCCUUUCAUUGGAGGCACCAUCAACAAAGAUCAAGUUUGUAUGGCUAUCGGGCGGUUUUUAUACGAGGCUGGGGUGCCUUUGGAAGCGGUGAACUGUGCGUCUUUCCAACCAAUGGUUGAUGCAAUUGCUUCGGCAGGACCGGGGCUGGGAAUGUUAUCUUAUCAUGAUUUCCGUGGUUGGAUCUUGAAGAGAUCAGUUGAUGAAUUGAAUAACACAUUGGAGCAAUACAAGGCAACAUGGAGCCGAACUGGGUGUUCGGUGUUGGCAGAUGAAUGGACUACGACUACCGGUAAGACCCUGAUAAACUUUAUGGUAUACUGUCCUGAAGGAACGAUGUUCCUGAAAUCAGUUGAUGCAUCACACAUAGUUACGUCUGCUGAUACUCUAUAUGAGCUGCUUAAGCAUGUUGUGGAAGGAGUCGGCGAGAGAAAUGUAGUUCAGGUGAUUACUAGUUAUUCGGAGAUCCAUGUUGCUGCCGGGAGCAAGUUGGCAGAGACAUUUCCCACCUUGUUUUGGACGCCAUGUGCUUCUCAAUGCAUAGAAGAAAUUCUAGAGGACAUCGGGAAGUUGGAAGCGAUAAGCGAGGUCAUUGAGAAUGCUAAAGCCAUCACAGGGUUUAUCUACUCUAAUGCAGUUGUCUUGAAUAUGACGAGGAAGUAUACGAAUGGGAAAGAUUUAAUACUUCCUUGUGACAGCCGGUCUGCCAUGAACUUCAUCACAUUGAAGAGUCUGAUUAGCUUAAAGGAGGACUUGACAAUGAUGGUCACCUCAGGGGAGUGGUUGGAUUCGCCAUAUUCAAGGAAGCCCGGAGGACUUGCAGUAUCUGAACUUGUUUGUAGUCCACCAUUUUGGUCUUCUUGUGCUGCAAUCGUCCGGAUAACAGAACCACUUUUGCAGGUUUAUAAAUUAGUAGAGAGUGAUAAGAAACCUGCCAUGGGAUAUAUUCAUGUCGCGAUGUAUCAAGUCAAACAGGCAAUAAGGAAAGAACUUUUGAAGAAGGCUGACUACAUGAUUUACUGGGAAAUUAUAGACUGGAAGUGGAAUAGACAUCCGCCUAGUCCUCUUUAUGCAGCUGCUUUCUUUUUGAACCCUCGCUUCUUCUUCAGCAUUCAAGAAGAUGUGUGCAAUGAGAUCUCAUCCGGGGUGCUCGAUUGUAUAGAAAGACUAAUCCCCGAGGCAAAUAUCCAAGAUAAAAUCCAAAAGGAGCUCAGUCUUUAUAAAAGCUCAUCGGGGGACUUCGGUAGGAAAAUGGCUACUAGAGCAAGGAAUACUUUGCUUCCUGCUGAAUGGUGGUCCACUUAUGGAGGCGCUUGCCCAAACUUAAUGCGUUUGGCGAUACGCAUCCUCAGUCAAACAUGCAGUGCAAGGGGAUGUGAGCGAGUUCACCUUCCUUUUGAACAAAUUCACAACCACAGAAUGAACUAUUUAGAACAUCAACGACUUUGUGACCUCAUCUUCGUACAUUAUAACUUGCAGCUACAGCAAAGGAAGAUUUUGAGGCAUAAACCAUUUGAUCCUAUAUCCGUCGAUAACAUUGAUGUUGUUGGUGACUGGAUUGUGGAGAAAAAUGAUCUGCUCUCCGCUGAUGCUGACCAUUCCAAUUGGAUGACGCUGAACCAACCAGUGGCUACUCAAUUGCAAUCUGAGUAUAUAAAUGAUGAGGAAACCGAAACUUUCCUUGCUGGAAUUGAUGAUGAGGUGAUCCAGGCUGCUGGCAAGAAUGUGGAGGAUGAUGGUGAUAUAAAAGAGGAUGAUGAGGUUCAAGAAGAUACGGCUUUUACAUGAAAUUGGAUUGUCAAAGAAUAAAGAAAAAAUGGCUCCAAGAGGAGUGCUCUCACUCUAGAAGAGGUAUGUUGUUGUUAAACACUGAGAUUUAGUCCACUUAGUGCUACUUAUGCAGACAUCAUAUUGUACAUCUGUAGAUGUUUUCAAUUUGAAAGUGAUAGUUGACAUGGCAACUGUAGUUGUAGUCUACUUUAUUUAUUCCUUUGUUUAUUCUAGUUUUUUAAGUUUGUGGACUGUAUCACUCCGUUUCCCCAAUAAUAUAGCAAGUUAAACCA